GGAACCGGAAGUGGAGGCGCUGCUGCUGGUGCUGGGGCCCGUGGAGGGACGCGCCGGAGCGGGGCCGCCGCGACUGAGCGAGCGACAGCGACGCGCCAACCCGCCGACGCCGCAGCCUCUGGGGGCCCGCACGGACCCUCUCCCUGUGUGUAGAAUGAGCCAAGGAGACUCGAACCCAGCAGCUAUCCCCCAUGCAGCAGAAGAUAUUCAAGGCGAUGACAGAUGGAUGUCUCAGCACAAUAGAUUCGUCCUGGACUGUAAAGACAAAGAGCCUGAUGUACUGUUUGUGGGAGACUCCAUGGUACAGUUAAUGCAGCAGUAUGAGAUAUGGCGAGAACUUUUUUCCCCACUUCAUGCACUUAAUUUUGGAAUUGGAGGAGAUACAACAAGACAUGUUCUGUGGAGACUAAAGAAUGGAGAACUGGAGAACAUUAAACCUAAGGUCAUUGUUGUCUGGGUAGGAACCAACAACCAUGAAAAUACUGCAGAAGAGGUAGCAGGUGGAAUUGAGGCCAUUGUACAACUUAUCAACACCAGGCAGCCACAGGCCAAAAUCAUUGUAUUGGGUUUAUUACCUCGAGGUGAAAAGCCCAACCCUUUGAGGCAAAAGAAUGCCAAGGUGAACCAACUUCUCAAGGUUUCACUGCCGAAGCUUGCUAACGUGCAGCUCCUGGAUACAGAUGGGGGCUUCGUUCACUCGGACGGUGCCAUCUCCUGCCACGACAUGUUUGAUUUUCUGCAUCUCACGGGAGGGGGCUACGCAAAGAUCUGCAAGCCCCUCCAUGAACUGAUCAUGCAAUUGCUGGAGGAAACGCCUGAGGAGAAGCAAACCACCAUUGCCUGACCAGCUCCCAUCAGUGUUCACAACCUGCCAGCUUCCUCAGAUCAGUUAUGUCACUGGCACUACAGAAUCCUCUUUCUUAAGGCACUUUGCAUUGUAGAAUGUUCCCGGAUGCUCACAUCUAGUGUUUGAAAGGGAAGAGGUUUUUAAUUGGUCCUGUAUAUAGAAGGUUCGUUUGACACAAGAGAAAAAUUAGCCAAGGAAGAUUGUUUAAAUUCAUUUCAAACUACAAGGGGACUUUUUAGUUGUAUAUGUGACACAUUCGUUGAAUUACUGUUCUGUUCUUCCUAGGACAUCAUCAAGCCUAAGUACUAUACAAUAUGAAGGUUCUUUUCUUGACCUUUUCUCUGUAGAUUAUGUCAUAUGUAAUAAUCAGAAUCACAACUAUUUGGCUUUAAAGUACAUGUCUUUUCCAGUUUUUAUGGUCUAUAAUUUACCUUUUGUCUUGCUCAUGUGUAUCCUCAGUAUUUUCUUAACAUAUAGCAUCAGAUUAAACACGCUCGUCAUCUCUCAAAUCUGGGAGGAGCUAUCAUUACCAGUGAAUUUGCUCCUCUCAAUCUAUCCCACGCUUAGCAGUGAGAAACAGGUGUCCCCUUUGGGGACCUCUUUGGAGGGUAUUAUGUAUAUGCUGCUGAAUAUCAUGUCUAUAAUAGACCCAUGCAUGCAGCCUUUUCGCUCCUUUCCUCUCACUUUUUUUUUUCCUUAUAGAGGGGUUCUUAUUGACAUGACAAGCUUUUUAUCACAUUAGGAGCUUUGUUGUUGGAAGUGUAAGUCCCCAGCCAGCUCUCUAUGAUGAUAUUACUGAUGUAUCUCAUUCUUGUGUGGUGUUCUGUGCUGUAGAGUCUGUGUGGUGGUAUCCAUAUUCAAGAGUUCUGGUUUGUUUUUCCAGUACAACUUGUUACAGUCUCCUUUAUUCAGGGAAAAAAAAUAAUAAUCGGAACUCUGUUUCUCAUUCCAUAUCACCUAACAUUGUGUUUUGUAGUAUCAAGGUGUAUUUUUUUUUUAGUUUAGUUUUUCUUUUUUUUUCCUUCUGCAAAUGCUGAGGAUCAAACCCUAGCACAUACAAAGCAAACACUGUAUGGCUGAGUUACACUCACAGCCCUAUUUUUUUUUUUCUUAAUUGGCUUAGCUCUUAUAUUAGUAUUAAAAAAAAAAAAAGAGUUGGCUUUUUCCAUGGGGAAACAGUGAAGCUAUUCUCAAAAUAGACAUUGUACCUGUAUUCCACCAUCUUAGUAAAGAGAAAUGAGGUCUACUUCUUAUUUCUUUUUAACAAUUUUUGUCUUUUUUGGUCCUGGGAAUUGAACCCAGGACAUUGUACUUGCUAGGCAAGUGCUUUGCCUCUGAGCAACAUCCCAGCCUUACUUCCUGUUUCCUGACAUGCCUUCAUCUAAGAAUUUUCUUUCAAGAGAGCUCGUUAUAAGCUUGUUUGAGCUACCCAAACUUGUAUUUAAAGAAUAAUGGAACAGCAGAUGUGUUCUUGUCUAAUAUACCUGUAGGAUAUGUACAGACUGGAUCUGCAGACAUUUAAACUGGACCAGGUUGAGUACUGAAGUAACCCGUUCCAGUAACUCCGCCUAAUGCUCCAUUCUGUGACUAAUGUGUGCGCUCUGUGUUCUGCUUGCUAAGCAAAGGGCAAGGAUGUGUGUGCUGAGCUUGUGUUAAGACCCAGUUCUGACUGAGAAAGAUAGAACUUGUGAUGGGUUGUUGUUGAGGCUUUUUCUAGGAUAUUUUUUUUUGUCUUUUUUAAAAAACAUAGCGUCCUGAAUGUAUCAUGUCUUCAUUAGCAACAGAAAAUACACAUGGUGUUUACUAAACUUGUUUACUAUAUUCAUUUUUUCUCUCUAUUUGUAGUAACCCAGGUUCUUGACUUUUCAAGACAGAUUUUUUUCUUAAUGAGGUAUCAUUACAGGAAGGAAAUUUAAGCGAGAGUUUUGUGUGUAAAAAGACACUUUUCUAUCCAGGUCUUUCUGUGUUAAGAGUGUGGGAAGAUGGUUCAAAUAAAUCUAUUAGGCUACUCCUGCAGCAUGUGCUUUGAGCUUCUCUCUUAACUGAGAAUCAAAUAAUCCCUUUGUGAUCUGGCCUUCAGCUCCUUUGCUUCUAUGUGUAAACCUCUGAUACUACUACAUUUUAUAUUCACCAGAGCUAUUCAAGCAAUAGUAUUUGAACCACUAGCCUUUUAAAUAAAAUUCUUCCCCAUUGCUAAUGUGCAGAUAUUGAGUCCACUGUCAUUUCUUGCCAGAUUUCUUUGCACUGCUUUAGGCAAAAAGUGUUAGUCUUUUAUUCUUGGACAUCUCAGUCUGCUUCAGUGACAAAACUUCCAGCUUAGGUCUUUGUACUUUAAAAAAAAAAAUGUGACUUUAAUGCACUGUCCACAUAUAAUGUCCUUGUCAUCGUAACUAAGGGGCCAACUUACCAGGCAGCUAGCACAGGUAUUGUUUCCUUUGCCAGCAAAAUUUAAUCCCUUUGCCCACCCAUUCUUGGUACAUGACAGCCAGUGAGGGGACUUGACUGAUGUCUGUGGCCCUGUCUCUAUAAAGUACAGGUUGGAGCUGUAUUGCCAAGGGAGGUUGAGGGCAGGUGGUUUUGCUGCGGGUGCGUUGAUUGUAGCUUAUUCUAGGUGAGUGCUCUGGCUACCUCCUUUGGUCCACUGGGACUUCAGGACAUCUGCCCAACCUGAAUCUUCUGUCAAAAAUUUCACAAACCUUGAAUAGCUCCACCCCUGUUCUUCAAAAUUGUAACUCAAGUCCCAGCUUUCUGGGUUUUUUUUUUUGUUUUGUUUUCUUAACUUAGUCACUGUUUACAGUUGUAUGCUAAAGCCUGAAAUACUGUCUGUACUGUGUUGUAUGAACAUUGCCAAUUUUAUAUUUAUUGCAGUGAAAAAGAAACUAAAAAUAUAUGAGAAGGAGGAGCAUGGCUCCUGAGUCUGUGGGUGCAUGUGGGAGCAGUGAGUGGGGGCCUCUUGAAAGGAGACUGUGUGGAGAGGGGCCCCCGGCCUCUUGCUGCCUUCCCCUCUGGGAUCACUGCUGCUGGCUGACUGAACUCCCCAGGUGGAGCUUGUGACUCUGCUUUGGCAAAGUUUCCUCGACUAGUAGAAUUUCUUCUGUCAAGUGCAUAUUUCAAUAUAAAUGUCAACAUUUCACUGAAA